AUGGAAUUUCAAAAACAAGUAUUUGUUGCGUUCUUGCUAUCAGCCCUAAUAAUCACCGUAGCGUCCGCUGAUUGUACUUGUGAACUAGAAGAAGUCAACAGCAACAAUAGCACAGUUCUCAAGUACAAACUCUUCGCACUUGCUUCCAUUCUCAUCGCCGGAGGCGUCGGCGUUUCUCUACCCUUUGUCGGCAAUAUUUUUCCGGCUUUACGCCCUGAGAAUGACAGUUUCUUCCUGGUGAAAGCAUUUGCCUCAGGCGUCAUAUUGGCUACCGGUUUUAUUCAUAUACUUCCAGAUGCGUUUGAGAAUUUGACGUCUCCAUGUUUGAAAGAACAUCCGUGGGGUGAUUUUCCAUUCACGGGGUUUGUGGCCAUGGUCGCCACCAUUGUGACCUUGUUGAUCGAGACAUCGGCGGCAGCCUACCAACUUAAGGUUCAGACGGAAGCGGCGGCGAAACUGGUCGGAGGUGAUGACCAGGAUGUAGAAAAGAACAGAGGAAAUAUGGAUGUUCGCAUGCAUGCAAACCAUGGCCAUGUUCAUGGAUUGGUGUUGCCAUCAAUUAAUGACUCCGAAGUUCAUCGCUAUCGGAUUGUUUCCCAGGUGCUGGAAUUGGGAAUCAUUGUUCAUUCGGUAAUUAUAGGAUUAUCUUUAGGUGCUUCUAAAAACCCAGACACCAUAAAACCACUUAUUGUUGCCUUAUCGUUCCACCAAUUCUUCGAAGGACUAGGUCUCGGAGGAUGCAUCUUUCAGGCAAGAAUCAAGUCACUCGCUGUUACAUUAAUGGGAGCCUUUUUCACCCUUACUACUCCAAGUGGGAUUGUGAUCGGACUAUUGGUAAGCAACAGGUAUAAACAAAACAGUACCACUGCUCUGAUCGUGGAAGGCGUAUUAAAUGCUGCAUCUUCAGGAAUCUUGAUUUAUAUGGCACUUGUUGACCUUCUUUCUCCGAAUUUUAAGAAUCCUCGGAUGCAAAAGAGCAAGAUGCUUCUACUUGGUUCCAAUGUUUUUCUUCUUCUUGGUGUCGGCCUCAUGUCUCUCCUAGCCAAAUGGGCUUGA